CGUCGAGCCCGUCUACCUCCCCCCCACACCCUCGGGACCACCAUGGCGCCUCUCAAGAUUAGCAUACCGUCGGCGAAUGAGAAGACGCCUGAAGGCGGCAAGCCCUAUACGGCCUACACGGUCAAGAUCGAACAUGCUUUCCCACGCGCAGCCACGAGCGUGUCGAAACGAUACACGGACUUCUCCACACUCGACAGUGCCCUAAGAUCGUCAGUUGGAUCUGCGCCACCUGUUGCCCUGCCGGCAAAAACCUGGGGAAUCGGGGGUUUCCUGGGCUUGGGCGGAGGAACGGCCACGCCCGACGCCAUUGAGAAGCGAAGAGUCGGACUUGAACAAUAUCUUCGAGCCAUCGAAAAUGCCGAAGACGGACGAUGGCGCGUCAGCAGGCCGUACCGUGACUUUCUCGAGCUGGACGACAAGGAUGCAAAGAAACCCGCCAGCUUCCCAGGUUCACAAUUCGGCAAGGACAGGGUGCGCGACUCGUCGGAUUGGCUGGACAAACACGGAGCUCUGAAGAGUAGCCUGCAAGAUGCACGCAGGUGCCUGACAGCCCGCGAACAAGCCAUCGCUGCGACCGCGCAACACGAGGCUGCUGCGAAUGCGAAGAAGAGCCUACUCCGCGCCAGCACGCUGCUCUCCGCCCUGGACGAGGGACUGGGGAGGCUGAGUGGGAGCUCGGGAGACGAGUGGUCUGGAGAGAAGCUCGGUGAGGGCGAAAUCCGGCGAAGGAGAGACAUGAUCAGUAGCAUGCGCAAAGAAAAGGACGGCCUGGAGAGCGUGCUCAAUAGCAUGGCUGUCAAAGCUGCCAUGUCGGGCAGCUCUUCAACACCAUCUACAUCCUCGGCAGCUGUCACACAAGAACAGAAAGCCGGCCUGUUCAAAGGCGCUCAGUCCUCUGGCCGACGCGUCCUCGGCGCUCCACAAGAGACGGAGCGAACGCGCGAACUAGACAAUGAGGGUGUUCUGCAGAUGCAGAAACAAAUCAUCCAAGACCAAGAUGAGGACUUGGUGGAUUUGACCACGGUUGUGCGGAGGAUGAGGGACAUGGGCGUGGCGAUUAAUACGGAGAUUGUAGAGCAGAACGCCAUGCUAGGAUUGUUGGACGAGGACGUGGAGAGAGUCGACGGCAAGAUCAAGAUUGCAAAGAAGAGGAUCGCCAAGAUACGAUAG